AUCUAUACAGACACACACGAAUUCCAGAUACUUAUUCCACAAGACGACGUCUUCGUCUCUCUCUUUCUCACGGACGAUCAAAAAUCAUAGAUACAUAUAUAGCCAACAAAGAGAGAGAGAGAGAGAGAGAGAGAGAGAGGGAGAUUCCAACUUCCAACGUAUACUUUGAUCCCUACGAUAGACUGUUCUCUCUCUCGCUGUCGCGGUCGUGUGUGCGUGCGUGCCUUUAAUUUUCGGGGGUCUCCUUGUAAAUUUUUUUUUUAUUCCCACCCCAUUUAAAAACAAAGGAGACUCACAAACAGGAACAAGUAUAACAUGCUGGCGACGAUCGUCAGGGGCAUUAUCGUCAGGCGCUCGUUUUCCACCUCGAAAUGGGCCGCCGCACAGCAGAUGACAGUGAGAGAUGCUCUAAACUCAGCGAUGGACGAAGAGAUGGAAAGGGAUGAAAGAGUGUUUAUUAUGGGUGAAGAGGUAGCUCAGUACGAUGGGGCCUACAAAGUUUCCAGAGGCCUUUGGAAAAAGUACGGUGACAAACGUGUUAUUGACACUCCUAUCACAGAAUCAGGUUUUUGUGGUAUGGCUGUUGGUGCAGCCAUGAAUGGUCUUAGACCUAUCUGUGAAUUCAUGACCUUUAACUUUGCCAUGCAAGGUAUCGAUCAAAUCAUUAACUCUGCUGCGAAGACAUUUUAUAUGUCUGCUGGUAAGGUCAACAUACCUAUUGUUUUUCGUGGUCCUAAUGGUGCAGCUGCAGGUGUGGGAGCACAACAUUCACAGUGCUUUGGUGCCUGGUAUGCUCACUGUCCAGGUUUAAAGGUGAUUUCUCCUUACAACAGUGAAGAUUGCAAGGGACUACUAAAAGCUGCCAUUAGAGAUCCAGACCCUGUAAUAUUCCUGGAAAACGAACUGCUCUAUGGUGUUCAGUAUCCUAUGUCGGACGAAGCACUGUCCAAAGAUUUCGUUUUGCCGAUUGGUAAAGCCAAAGUCGAGCGUGUAGGAAAGCACAUCACUCUGGUGGCACAUUCCAAGGCAGUUGAACUGUCACUGGAAGCUGCCAAUCAACUAGCGGGUCAGGGUAUCGAGGCCGAAGUUAUAAAUCUUCGAUCUCUAAGGCCGCUCGACAUAGACACAAUCAUUCAGUCGGUCGUCAAGACGAAUCAUCUUGUCACUGUCGAACAAGGCUGGCCGCAGUGUGGUAUUGGUGCUGAAAUUUGCGCGAAAAUUUCGGAAAGUGAUGCCUUCUUUCACCUCGAUGCGCCUGUAAUUCGAGUGACAGGAGUCGAUUGCCCGAUGCCAUACGCUAAGUCCUUGGAAGCGAUCGCACUACCAGUACCGGGUGACAUUGUUUUUGCCGUCAACAAAGUUCUAGGCGUCGCACAGUAAAUGCUGAACAUGUUGAUGCCACUGUAUAGGAGCAACCAUUAUUUAAAGUUACCCGCUCACACACCAUUCCCUUUCCUCUGAUUGAAAAAAUCCCUCGAGCCACCCUUAUUUGUUAAUAGUCCUGUAGUUCCUCUUACCUUCUCUCCCUGUUGUUUCCCCUUUUUUUCCUUUCGACAUGCUUUUCUUGAACUCUUUGAAAAGCUUUGUGUACAAAACUCCAUAAUGAUAGAUAAAAAGAGAGGGAGAGGAAACGCUUUAACGAGAGUAUAGUAUGGAAAAUAAUUAAAUCUUAGAAAAAUCAAUUUAAACGAAA